AGUUGGCGGUCGGUCGGUCGGUCAGCCAGCCAGCCAGAAGAAAAAGAUGGAAGCGAUCAAUGAAACGAAAUGAAAUGGUGUGGUGGGCUCCUCCACAGCGGGAUGGCCCGGCCCACCGGCGGGCAGCGCCCCCCGGCCGAGCUGGCACCGCCCACGUCGAUCUGCGCGCGGAUCUCGGGGAGCGCAGGGAGCGCGCGGAUUUUGAUUUCGCCGGAUCCUGGGGCGGGGCCACCACCCGCGCUGCUCACCUCCAUUUGCUCCACGUCACGCUGCCCUCCAUAUCUAUCUCCUUCCUCCGCCGCUUCCUCCCCCCUCCUCCUUUCCGCUCUGCUACAGCUACCGGACCCGACGACUCCUCCGCCGCCGUCUCCGACCGCCAUGCCACUGCCUCCUCCUUCCCUUUCUCCCGCCGCGGCCUCCUUCCCCGUUUCCUGACUCAGCCCUAAGCUAAGGGUGUUGGGAUCCCGCCGUCCUGCCGCUCGCUCUCGGAGAGGUCCAUUUUAGACAGCAGGUUCUGCUGUGGGUCGGUCGGUCGGUCGUACUGAGGCAUCUGCAACAUCUCCCUCCCGCUUGCCCACUCGCCAAUCACACCAGUAGAUGGUUUAACAAGAGCUUGCUUCACUCACCGGGAAGUCUUCCACACCGUCUGUGUCUCCUCACUCAUAAAUUCUGAGCUGUUGGAUGCAACUGAGGCGCUCUUGAAGGCAAGCGUAAUAUGUGCCCGACCGUCUCUUCAUUAACCAAAGACCUGCCUCGAAUCAAUCCCACAACUUUUGUCUACCUCUUCGAGUCAGGCUGAUGGAGGUUGCCCGUCAGCAACCCGGUGUGGAUGGGCCUUGCCUCAGAGAUGCCAGGCUGCUUGGGAAUGGCGCCGUGGGUGGGGGCUAUAGGCUCCAGGGGGAGGAGGACUUGAGAAACAAUGACCCAGAUGGCCUGCUCAGCGGGCCAACCUCCGGAGCGCAGCAGGGUGACAUGGAAAACCAGCAGCAGCAGGUCUGCUGGGAGCGCUUCCUCCAGAAGAAGACUAUCAAAGUCUUGCUAGUGGAGAGUGAUGAUUCCACCAGACAGGUUGUCAGUGCCCUGCUUCGUCACUGCAUGUACGAAGUUAUCCCUGCCGAAAAUGGCCAGCAAGCAUGGACUUAUCUUGAAGAUUUGCAAAACAGCAUUGACCUUGUUUUGGCUGAGGUUUUUAUGCCUGGUGUAUCCGGAAUUUGUCUGCUGAGUAGGAUCAUGAGCCACAAUAUUUGCAAGAAUAUUCCAGUGAUUAUGAUGUCUUCAAAUGAUGCAAUGGGUACAGUCUUUAAAUGUUUGUCAAAAGGUGCUGUUGACUUUUUAGUCAAGCCUAUACGUAAGAAUGAACUUAAGAACCUUUGGCAGCAUGUGUGGAGACGGUGCCACAGCUCCAGUGGUAGUGGAAGUGAAAGUGGCAUUCAGACACAGAAGUGUGCCAAAUCAAAAGGAGGCGAUGAAUCCGAUAACAACAGUGGUAGCAACGACGAUGACGACGAUGCAAGCAUGGGACUUAAUGCAAGGGAUGGCGGUGAUAAUGGCAGUGGCACUCAAGAUUUUAAUGAUCUGAUGGGGUUGGGUGCCAAUCAGAGAAUGACGCAGAGCUCGUGGACAAAGCGUGCUGUGGAGAUCGACAGUCCACAGGCUAUGUCUCCAGAUCAGUUAGCUGAUCCACCUGAUAGCACUUGUGCACAAGUGAUCCACCCAAAGUCUGAGAUAUGUAGCAACAGAUGGCUACCAGGUACAAACAACAGAAAUUGCAAGAAACAGAAAGAAACUAAUGACGACUUUAAGGGAAAGGACAUGGAAAUAGGUGCCCCUAGAAAUUUAAAAGUGGACCAUCAAUCUUCCCCAAAUGAGAGGCCCACCAAACCAGCAGAUAGGCGUUGUGAGUAUCCACCAGAAAACAAUUCAAAGGAGACAAUGAUGGAAAAUUUAGAGGAGGCAACUGUUCGAGCUGCUGAUCUAAUUGGUUCAAUGGCCAAAAACAUGGAUGCGCAGCAGGCAGCAAGAGCUGCAGAUGCCCCUAAUUGCUCCUCCAAAGCGGCGCCAGAAGGGAAAGAUAAGAAUCAUGAUAAUAUUCUGCCAUCACUUGAGUUGAGUUUGAAGAGGUCGAGAUCAACUGGAGAUGGCGCCGAUACAAUUCAAGAUGAGCAACGGAAUGUGUUAAGACGAUCAGAUCCCUCGGCAUUUACGAGGUACCAUACAUCUGCGGCUUCUAAUCAAGGUGGGACAGGAUUUGUGGGGAGCUGUUCACUGCAUGAUAACAGCUCGGAGGCUAUGAAAACGGAUUCUACUUACAACAUGAAGUCAAAUUCUGAUGCUGCUCCAAUAAAACAAGGCUCCAACGGCAGUAGUAAUAAUAAUGACAUGGGUUCCACCACAAAGAACGUUGUGACAAAGCCCGCUACAAAUAAGGAGAGAGUGAUGUCACCCUCAGCUAUCAAGGCUAAUGCACACACCUCAGCAUUUCAUCCUGUGCAGCACUGGACGUUGCCAGCUAAUGCAACAAGAAAAGCGAAGGCUGAUGAAGUGGCCAACAAUGCAGCGAAGAAUGCUCACCCGGGCGAAGUACAGAGCAAUCUCGUGCAACACCCUCGUCCAAUCCUUCAUUAUGUCCAUUUUGAUGUGUCACGUGAAAAUGGUGGGUCAGGAGCCCCACAAUGUGGUUCAUCCAAUGUAUUUGAUCUUCCACUUGAAGGUCAAGCUGCUAACUAUGGUGUGAACGGAAGCAACUCAGGCAGUAACAAUGGAACCAACGGACAGAACAGAAGUACCGCUGCCGCAAGUAUGGCUGCUGCAAAUGCUGAACGGACAAAUACGGAGAUUGCUAAUGGUGCCAUUGACAAAAAUGGGCCUGGAGGUGGCAAUGGGAGUGGAAGCGGCAGUGGUAAUGACACGUAUGUGAAACGGCUCGCCCCGGCCAUAACACUGCGAGAAACACAACUGAUCAAAUAUAGAGAGAAAAGGAAAGAUCGGAACUUUGGAAAGAAGGUGCGGUACCAGAGCCGAAAGAGGCUGGCUGAGAAGCGGCCACGGGUCCGUGGACAGUUCGUGAAGCAGGCUGUACAAGAUCAGGGCGGAAGGGAAGGAGCUGCAGAUAGAUGACCCCCCCCCCUAGUGUGACUCCGGCUCCGCCUCCAACUCCAACAUGGCUGCAUGCACCUGCUUUGGACUCCCAACACCUGGCAAUUAGACAGUUAAUUCUUCCUUCGCUGGUCUGAUCUGAUAUGGUCGACAACAUCCCCUUCCUAUCCAUCAUUGGUUCCUCCACAUUUAGAGUCGUCUAUCCUGGAAAGAAUAAAUAAGGAACUCCUGUGAUCCCUUAUAUUUUGCAUGCAUUCACAAGUAUAGUACAGAAGAAGCAUGUGGCUGACAGGCUCCAGGUGGUCUGUAAUACUACCUACUAUAUAUAUGGGAGUCAAGUCAUGCUGAAAUGUAACUAAGCAUGUACUGUACUAGUAAUGUCUGAACGGUACUGCUGUGUGUUGUCAUGUGUGGUCUUGGAUCAGUUGUCGAUCUGGCAGCAGUAAUGCAGUUGAGUUAGCUUACGGUUAUUCGGUUAUGCUGCUGCUGCUGCCGCCUGUGCCAGUUCAAGUGUCAUCAGUCAUUCUAUACACAUCCUCCUUCAAAUAGAAUUUCGUGCUUGUUACUAUGUGUCUAA